UUAAGAAUGGGUUUUCUUUAUAGCCGUUGAAAGUUUUUUAAAAGAUGAAAUAUAAAUGAUGACAGCCUCCUCAAAUAUGUGCAUAUGCUUAUCUACUGCUGACCUUAACCGCGACAAUUGCGACAUGUGUAUAUAGAAACGAAAUACAUUCAUGUAUAUUCAUUGAACUACAUUUUCCGCAGACUCUUUUUCGUUUUGGUCACUGCGAGUAACACAAUUUGGAAGUCAACACAAUGCUACAUAUUAAAUGCAAGGACACUGACCUAGAACCAAUAGCCGUUAAGAUUGGUAUAAUUGGUGGUAGCGGUCUCGAUGAUCCGGAUAUUUUAGAAAAUCGUAAGGAGACCGAAGUCAAGACACCAUUCGGCAGCACAUCAGAUGUCUUGAUCGAAGGUGAAAUUGGAGGCGUAAAGUGCGUACUAUUGGCACGUCAUGGUCGCAAACACAACAUUAUGCCAACUAACGUGAAUUAUCGUGCCAACAUUUGGGCCAUGCGUGAAGUUGGCUGCACACAUUUAAUUGUAUCAACCGCGUGCGGAUCAUUGCGUGAAGAAAUCCAUCCUGGGGAUUUGGUAAUCCCAAAUGACUUCAUUGAUCGAACCACGAAACGUGCACAAACCUUUUACGAUGGUGGUGCGGAAAGUCCGCUUGGUGUUUGUCAUUUAAGUAUGUUCCCAUGUUUUAGUGAACGUGUGAGAUCGAUGUUAGUUGCCGCAGCCAAAGAGUUGGAUUACAGCGUACAUGAUAAGGCAACCAUUGUAACAAUUGAAGGACCACGUUUUUCUUCACGAUCUGAGAGUAACAUGUUCCGCCAAUGGGGCGGUGAUCUUAUUAAUAUGACCACUUGUCCCGAAGUUGUAUUAGCCAAAGAAGCUGGUCUAUUAUAUGGUUCCGUGGCGAUUGCAACCGAUUACGACUGCUGGCGCAUGGGUUGCGAAGGUGUUAAUGUCCAAGAUGUGUUGAAGACCUUCUCCGCCAAUGUUGUCAAGGUAAAACAAAUAUUAAUGAAGGCCGUGCAGAAUAUAGCCAAAGAAGAUUGGACCGAAGAUAUUUUGGACGCCAAGGAAUGCGUUUGCAAGAACACAAUGUCCGGUGCAAUGUGACGCUUUUUACUAUUAUGUCAAGAAUUCACUGGUGAAAUUAUACAACGUCGUCGCCCCCUAAUUUCCGGUUCAAAAUCAAAGCAUCCAAACCACAAAACGAACUUGCUUCCUAAAUUAACUUCAAUUUCUAUACUCUACGACUUAGUUCCAGCCAAAAAAGAACACAACGAUCACGAGACUCAUAAGAAGCAAA